AUGGCAGCACCGGCCUUCAAAACAAUGGCGGGGAUGAAAGACUUCGCGAAGAGCAUCCUAAUUUUCAUUCUUCUGACUCUUUCUCUGAGAGUAUGUGUCAGUACUACGGAUUCAGAGGCGGAUCCGAGUGGUUAUAUUCUAUACUGUCCGUGUAUGGGGAGAUUUGGCAACCAGGCUGAUCACUUCCUAGGUGCCUUGGGCUUUGCUAAAGGCCUUAAUAGAACAUUGGUUUUACCACCAUGGGUUGAAUACAAGCCAGGACUUACUAGAUCUAUUCAGGUUCCGUUUGAUACAUACUUCAAAGUCGAGCCUCUUGCAAAAUUUCAUCGUGUGUUAACUAUGCAUGAGUUCAUGGACAAAUUGGCCCCAGCCAUCUGGCCCCCAGAGAAGAGAAUUGCUUUCUGCUACGUUCCGCGCUAUAACUCGGAAGGAUGCAAUGCCAAGGAAGGCAAUCCCUUUGGACCAUUUUGGGACACUUUUGGCGUUGAUUUUGUCGGCUCAGAAUUCUACCGCCCGCUUAGCUAUGACGUCCACUAUCAAAAUAUGGAUGAACAGUGGAAUGAGAAAUACCCUCCUGAGGAAUGGCCAGUGCUAGCCUUCACCGGAGCACCAGCCAGUUUCCCGGUCCAGAUGGAUAACCGUGGCCUGCACAAGUACCUUGUUUGGAGCGAAAACAUUGCCAAAAAAACCCAGGAUUUCAUUUCUUCUCUGCCUCGAGGUCCGUUCGUGGGUAUCCACUUGAGGAAUGGCAUAGAUUGGGAACGUGCUUGUGAGCAUGUAGAGCACAGCCCUAACCUCUUUGCUGCCCCUCAAUGUUUGGGCUACCGUAAUGAGCAUGGUGUGGCUACACUUGAGCUCUGUUUGCCCUCGGAAAACGUCAUUGUCAAAAAGCUCAAGCGUGUAAUCAAGUCUGUUGGGGCCAAGAGUAUCUUCGUAGCUUCAGACAACAAUCACAUGACUGGAAAGCUGACUCAGGCUCUGCAGAAGAUGAAAGUAAGCGUACACCGUCUGGAAGUACCUGAGCCGCAUGUGGACCUAGCAGUUCUUGCCAAGGCCAACCAUUUCAUUGGUAACUGUGUGUCCUCUUUCUCUGCCUUUGCCAAGAGGGCAAGGGAUGUCAUGGGUUUCCCUUCCUCCUUCUGGGGUUUCCCAAUAGAAAAAGAGAAGAAAAAACGUCAUGAUCGUGAUGAAUUGUAAUGUGUUGUUUGUGCCAUUAAGUGAUUGGUAAUACUAAUGAAUGAGAUUAUUAUUAUAAAAGAUAGUGUGAAUUUUUAAAAAGACUUUGGUACAAAUAUGUUUAGCAUAUGUUUAUCAAGAUGAGAAAAUAUAUUUGAUGUUUAUUUUUUUGCCAAUACACUGAAUUGUAUAGCAAAAGAUUGGCUGUGAAGGAGACUAGCAUCUUGUGGUCAUGUGUAUAAUUAACGGUGUGAAUUACUUAUUGAUGCUAGGUUAUGGUACUUCAUUCUGAUAGAGUCCACAAACAGUAUUUCCAGUAUGAUUAUUAUCAUAUUUAAAGUAGUAGUUGGAUGUAGAGAAUGUUUUGUAAAUUCUUGCUUUGAUGUUUAUGUGUGAAAAUGGACAUUUAAAUGUCCACCUUACAAAGACGAAAAGUAUUUUAGGAUCUAAUGGUUAUAUGUAAGAUAUUUCACUUGAAACUGCAGACUGUGUAGCUUCAGAAUUAUAUAUAUUUUUAUAUGGAUGUCCUCUCCAAAUUUGUGAUGAUAAGACUGAUGUCUCAAAUACAUGAAACACAAUGA